AUGUUUGAAUGGGCUUAUAGUGGUGCUAACAAGGCUGUACCUCGAAAUGUCGGCCCUGAAUGUGCAUAUUUUUUAUCACCUCAAAGACAAUUAAUCGAAACAUUAAUAGUAAUUACGGUCUGCGUAUAUGUAAUUAUCAAGACAUUUCCAAAAUUGCAAAUUUCUCAAGAAAAGACAUACAUGAAAAGUGACAGAGGUGGAAAAAGAUUACUAGUUAUUCUUCUAGCCCUUUUGUGGGGAAUGGAAAUUGGUUUCAAAUUCGCAUCACGAACUGUUAUAUAUUUGUUAAACCCCUGUCAUGUCACAACUUUAAUUCAAAUAUAUUUACUUGCUGCUCCACCCAGUAAAACUGUAACAGCAUUAUUUCGCAUUCAUUUAAACUUAUUGAAUGGCCCUUUAUUAGCAUUUUUAUUUCCCGAGACAGCCUCAAGAACAAUUUUAGCAGAAGCUGCACUAUAUUGGAUACAGCAUGGAAUGAUGUUUGUGAUACCAUACUAUCUACUAAGAAUUGGUGGUGUAUAUAAUGUAGAGCCUUUUUGGGACUUUAAUUGGGCUAUUUUUAGUUACUGCCUAAAUCUUUUGUAUCAUUUCAUUAUACUGCAAGUGAUAGCCAUACCAGCUCAAGUGAACCUCAACCACAUGUUGUGUCCAGCCAUUCUCGAUCCAUUCGACGGGCCUUGGUACCGUAUAGCGGCCGUCAUACAUCAAGCCAUCCUCUGUCCAAUACUCUGCAAAUUAUUUUGUCUCAUAGCAGAUUUUUGUUUAACAAAAUUCCCACCGACUAAGGUAAAGCCACACAUGAGGGAUCAUUUACAUGACAGGAAGUUAGAGGGACGUGUUGAU